CCCCCCCCCGCCCUCUCUCUACCGAAGGCGCUCGGGUGUUUCCGUUCCUCUCCGGCGCCGCCGCCGCCGCCUUUCCCCGCCCCCUCGCCUCUUGCCUGGGCGCCGCAAUCCCGGCGGCGCGGCGGGAGGAGGUGGAAGAUGGCGGCUGGGAUUGGCGGGGAGGCGGCGGCGGCGGCGGCAGCGGUUAUGCAAAAGAGGCCGUCGGCAGCCAGCGCCAGAGCCGGUGUGGACCGCGGCUGAGCAGGGAGGCGGCUGGGGCUGCGCCGCCACCGCCCUCCCUCGGCGCCGGACCCUCCUCCUCUCCCUCCCUCCCUCGCCGCCUCUCGCCUUCCCCGCCUGCCCCGGCCCCCCGCCCUCGCCCCGGCCCGGCAUGGACGUUGGCUCUCCGCCGUGUCCGCCGUGUCGCUGUGCGCGGCGCUGCGAGGCCGCGAGCCGCCGCUGCCGCUGAGCGGGGCCGGCCCGCCGCUCCCGGGAGAGGGGAGGGGAAAAGAUGUCGGACACCAAGGUGAAAGUUGCCGUCAGGGUCCGGCCGAUGAACAGGAGAGAGCUGGACCUGAAUACCAAGUGCAUCGUGGAGAUGGAAGGGAACCAGACCGUGCUUCACCCGCCGCCUUCCAACAGCAAGCAGGGAGAAAGUAUUUCCCUGUGGAACAGACCAGAUGAUUUACACAACCUUUUCAGAUAUUUGGGGAAAAAACACUUUCUCACCUUGUAUUUCUUUAAUGUUGGUCUAAAGUCUGAUGCCAUUAUAUGAAACUCUGUAUCCUUGCAUGUGGAAGAGGACAGAUCCAGUUGCUUCUUUGGCCUGAACAGAUUUAUGCUGAAUUUACCAUCAAGAUCACCGGUGGGUUACAGAGCUCUCCUGUGCACACCCUUAUCUUCUGUUCAUCGCAUCUGACUGGACCGUUGCUCUGGAAACCGUUGUAAUGUCACAACUGACUUCAUUAUGAUUAAAUGAGGGGAAAAAAAAUAGAACAAAAGAGCACAUUCCUGUUUCAACUUGCAACUUGGAAACUGAAACUGUCUCAUGUAUUCUCUGGAUUUCAGAGCGCUUUUUGGUAACAGGAUACAGAUCUGUCCUGCUAGUCAGGAAUAAAAUCUAUAAUUUGUAAUUGCUAUUGUUUAUUUCCUUUAAAUAGAAUCUGUAAUCAACUGAUAUAGUUACAAGGACAGCUGGUUUAGACUGUUAAAAGCUGUGCAUGGAUCUGUCAAAAAAGAGCCAAUUAGUAUUUACACUUAUAUCUUUGUCCCUCACAGAGACUUAACUUUGUAUAAUAUCUGAGUUUCUGAAGCAGGUCUGUAACUGCAACUAAACAGAAGAUUAUAAAAAAUAUGCCAGGAUGCUGCAAAAUUACUUGGCACUGGCUCAGUCAGCAUUGUUACUGAUGUACAGGGAUUUCUAUGUCUUUCGUGGUUACUUGUAUUUUUUUUUU